CAUGCGUCGUUCAAUUGUUAUUUGUUGUUAAAGCAGAGUGUAAAUAAUCCGGUGAAUAAGGUUAUUUAAGAAAAGGUAUUUUUGAGAAAGUGUUUGAAGCAAACAGUUCUAAAAUGCCUGUAACAGACUUGAAAAGAAGGGCCGACGAGUUAGCGAUGGUCUCAGUACCUAAACGCGCACGGAACGAAGUCAGCACCGCCGACAGCGGCACGAGCGUGGUGGAAAGUGACAUCGGGAUCCCGAGGUACUCCAACCUCGCGGCUCCCAUCAUGCUGAUGGAAGGACACCAGGGCGAGAUCUUCACCGCCGAGUUCCACCCCGACGGCAAGUACCUCGCGUCGGCGGGCUUCGACCGGCAGAUCUUCAUUUGGAACGUGUACGGGAACUGCGAGAACAUCUCGCUGAUGAGCGGCCACGGCGGCGCCAUCAUGGAGCUGCACUUCUCGACGGACGGCAACACGAUCUACACGGCCAGCACGGACCACACGGUGGGGCUGUGGGACCUGGAGACGGGCGUGCGCAUCAAGAAGCUGAAGGGGCACACGACCUUCGUGAACUCGUGCAGCCCGGUGCGGCGCGGCCCGCAGCUGGUUGUCAGCGGCUCGGACGACUGCACGGUGAAGAUGUGGGACCCCAGGAAGCGCGGCCAGUGCUCCACCUUCAACAACACCUACCAGGUGACGGCGGUCGCCUUCAGCGACACCGCGGAGCAGGUGCUGUCCUCGGGCAUCGACAACGACAUCAAGGUGUGGGACACCAGGAAGAACGCGGUCGCGUACCGCCUGAAGGGCCACGCGGACACCGUGACGGGGCUGGCGCUGUCGCCCGACGGCUCCUACGUGCUGUCCAACUCCAUGGACAACACGGUGCGCAUCUGGGACGUGCGGCCGUUCGCGCCGCAGGAGCGCUGCGUCAAGAUCCUCACCGGCCACCAGCACAACUUCGAGAAGAACCUGCUGCGCUGCGGCUGGGCGCCCGACGGCUCCAAGGUGUCGGCGGGGUCGGCGGACCGCUUCGUGUACCUGUGGGACACGACCACGCGCAGGAUCCUGUACAAGCUGCCCGGCCACAAGGGCAGCGUCAACGACGUGGACUUCCACCCCUCCGAGCCGAUCAUCCUGUCCGGCUCCAGCGACAAGUCCUUGUACAUGGGCGAGUUCGAGUAGAACUGCCUGGUGCGUGUACAUCUCUGCUGACCUCCGCUAGAGAUCAUCACUGUCUCUGGUUUAUGUUCUUGAAAAAUGUAUUAGGGGCUGUUAUAUACCUACGAACCAUUCUAGAUUGUGCCUUCUGGUCAGAAGCAUAAAUCUCGUCACCGCCUCGAUCUUGAAGUGGGGUUCACAACAGUGCGACAAGCUUCGGCCAAACCCAGGGAGACUAAAGCUGGCUUUAAAUUUUGUGAGCAUUGCCAGCAUCAGAGGAGGAGAAGAAGAGAAACAGCGAGCUAAUAUAUAUAUAUAUAUAUAAAAUUUCUUACUGGUUUCAGGGAAAUCACCAUUUAUAGCUUACAUUACAAUAUGUAUGCAUUGACGCAGCCAUCACCAUUUUUUUUAACAUGCUUAUAUAUAGAGAGAAUUACAGGAUCUACAAACCUAACAUUCACAACUGUCCAUUCUGAGGCCGCUUUUGUGCAUAGGUUAGCUCCAUUGAUCUAUUUUUAAAUAUUUUUAAUGGUUGUUUAGAAAUUGCAAUGUAGUGUCAAAACCAGUUCACACUAGUCUAUUCCAAGGCCCGAACUGUUCCGAAGUUCGCAGCUCGGACGAGCAACUUAAGUAGCGGAUAAAAACGCGCAAAAAAGAUGUCCAUAUCGUCUUUCAAAGACUUGAGUAACAGUGGAAUUUAGAGAAUAGUCUAGCUAUAUUUAAAAUUCUUUUAAAAAAGUGUAGAUUAUUGAUUAGAUUAUUUUAGCUACAUUAAAAAUACUGUGAAAUCGUGUAAAUGGUUGGUUGGGUUAGGAUUGCUACAUCUUAUAUUGGUAAAUCCUCAGCAACCAUUAAAAAUAUUUUAUAGUAUUUUUAAUUUAGGUAUACUAACCUAACCAACAAUCUAUAAUGUUUUAAAAUAUUUUUAUGGUAACUAACCUAAUCGACCAUUGUCACGAUUUCACUCAAACAUGAACACAGACCCACACAAUAAUGCAACAAAAAAAAAGUUAUUGUAAGCUAUGAAUUUAUCAACGCUGUUUUCAGGGUAAAUACAGAAACAUCUCUAGUGUUUGAAAAAUUAUUAUCGGAAUUUAAUUAUUAAUUACCAGGAAAGCAGCAAAGUAAGAAUAUUACCUGUAACAAACAUGCACCCCUGGAACAAAGUACUGUAUCACAUUAGAUGCAAGUUUCACCAGGAAGUCAGUGCUGGGACAUUCAUGUACCUAAGUGAAUCAGUGCACAGUCGAUACACCUUUCUUGAAACCAAUGAGCUCACUCUAAUAAGUGAGCGAGUUUGUUGUUGGUGGUUUUUUGUGGAGAUAGCAUGUUUUAAAUAUUAUAAGUGACCCAAUAAAACAUGUUUGUGUUUAUUUAUUGCUGUGUGAAUUAGCAGCUUGUAGUAAACAGUAUCAAAAUUAGUAGCAAUUUUAAACAAUACAUAAUAAUGAUAAUGAUUAUUUCAGCCAAUUGUUUUUUCAGGAAAUGCUUUUCAGCCUCUUAUUCUAGGAACAAGGCUAUUUUACAAUGUUAUUUUUUAGUAAAUAAAUAGCUUGAAUUGUUAAAAAAA